AUGAUGUUGGAUUUCCUCACUGCAUUUAUUGAACGUGUUGUUGGAUUGACGGGGAUACUCAACGUGGAGGAGAGAGUAAAAAAGUCCAUAGUUGUCCUAGAUGACUGCAACAAAUUCGAGCGUGAGUUAUGGAAUACCACGAAUCGUCCGGUGCUGCCGAUCACAACGGCCUACAGCAUCUCGUGUCAGCUGACAGUCAACAUUUGUGUGCUUUUGCCCAUCUUCAAACUACUCUUCUACUAUAUAUGGUAUAAUGAAGUUGUUUUGACACUUCCCCUGCCGGGCAUCUUUCCUUACGACUAUACUUCACCCUUCUACUACAUUUUAACCACUAUACUCACCGUUUUGCUCGUGCAACUCUGUGCGAACACCAUAACCGUUGUGGAUGGUCUGUUCGGUUGGUUCGUCUACAAUAUUUCGGCACAUCUGCAAAUCAUGCGUCUGAAGUUGGAGCAGCUUUUGCAAUUGCACGUCGAUGAUCCGAAUUUUCAUCGUGAUUUCGUCUCGCUCAUCAAUUAUCAUCGCGAAAUUAUCGACUUGGCUUUGGAGCUUGAUGCUGUCUAUGCGCCAAUCAUAUUCUUGGAGGUCACGUCUUCAAGCUUGCCAAUUUGUUUUCUUGCUUAUCAAUUAUCCUACUUAUCCGACCCGGCGAAUGUGCCCUUCAUGUGUCUGCUGUUGUCGUCUAUUGUACUUCAAUUGAUGAUUUAUUGCUUUGGCGGUGAGAAAGUGCAAAAUGAGUGUGACGAACUCUCUGAAAAUAUUUACUUGCUAAUACCAUGGCAGAACCUGCCACCGAAGCAUUGCCGUCUGUUACUUAUCCCAUUUAUUCGCUCGCAGCGUGUUUUAGUCUUGACCGGCUACUUCUUCACAGCCAAUCGUAGUCUACUUGUUUGGAUAUUCAGAACCGCUGGCUCAUUCACUGCCAUGUUAUUUGCACUGAAAGAAAAGGAGGUGUAA